AUGUCUUCAUGGGUUGGAAAUAGUCCUUGCAACUGGACUGGAAGUGCUUGCAAUGAAUUCAGAAGCAUCACUAACAUUAGCCUUUCUCACACUGGCUUAAGAGGCACUCUCUAUGCUUUCAGCUUUUCGUCCUUCCCUUCUCUCCUAAGCCUUAAUCUCAGCCAAAACUUGUUAUAUGGAAACAUUCCUUCAAUCUUAAGUAACCUUUCUAAGCUCAUCUACCUUGAUUUGGCUACAAAUCAACUCUUUGGAAGAAUCCCAUCAGAGAUAGGGCUUCUGACAAGUCUUAACAUACUAAAUCUGGAUGAGAAUCACAUGAAUGAAUCAAUUCCGAAUGAAAUAGGAUCACUGAGGUCACUCAAAGAGCUGCGUUUGGGUGAAAACAGCCUGACAGGUCCAAUCCCUGCCUCCAUAUGGAGCUUGGGCAACUUGACCUUCCUAAAUCUAGGGAGUAAUCAACUUUCUGGAACCGUCCCUCAAGAAGUAGGGAACCUUAAAUCCCUUAAUCAGCUCCACUUGCAAUUCAACAACCUAAAUGGUCCAAUUCCGGCAUCCAUAGGAAACCUGGCCAAUUUGACUGUUUUUGCACUUCUGAGUAAUACAUUUUAUGGAUCCAUCCCUUCAUCUUUAGGAAACUUGACCAAACUCACCUGGUUAGAUAUCCAGCAAAAUCAAUUGAGUGGCCUCAUCCCACCAGAAUUAGGCAAGCUCACAUUGCUAUUCAAGUUAGGGUUGUUUUUAAACAAUCUCAAUGGCUCUAUUCCUGGAGAGCUAAACAACCUUACAAACUUGCAAAAUUUAGGGGUAUCUAGCAACAUGUUAUCAGGCUAUCUUCCUCAGGAAAUUUACAAUGGUGGAGUACUUGUAAAUUUUUCAGCAAAUGACAAUUACUUCAUUGGCUCCAUCCUGAAAAGUUUCAGGAACUGUUCCAGCUUAUACAGAGUGAGGCUUGAUAGAAACAGGUUAACAGGAACUAUAUCCGAAGAUCUUGGAGUUUAUCCACACUUGAACUAUAUUGAUUUGAGCUAUAACAAUUUCUAUGGGGAAAUUUCUCAUAAGUGGGUGCAGUGCCAGAAUCUGCAAAGCUUGAAAAUCUCUCACAGUAGUUGCAUAGGUGAAGCACAGUAG